AUCCGCCUUGUGAUUGUCAGUGCAGACCGAACCUCAGAUGAACGCAGACUUGGCGCUCGCUAGUGAUAUCUGUUGUAAAUCUCAUUUGUUUACACAAGUACCCCCUCCAAGGAUCCCCCCCUACUCUGAAAAAUGCUAUUACUCUUAAGGCAUUCCUUCCCGUCACUCAAGGACCAACCAGAGUUGAUCAUACCUUACGUCAAUAACGGAAUAACCUUAAAAAGCAUUUCAUUUCAUCGUUGCUUCGUCGUCUCAAAGGAUACGGACAUUGUCAAAAAAACGAAAUGAUCUUAAGAGAAAAAUUAUCCAAAAAUAAUUUGAGUAUGUAAAUCUGGACAUGAAGAUUAAGGCAUACUAGACAAGGGAUCAACUCGUCUCAUUGGAGAGAGACAUGGACCGCAGUAUCGUCUGAGAGUAAUGCUCUUGAACAUCUCCAGAGACCUCCUCUCUGUUUAUAUUGAAUCGGAUCGGUUGGAGUAUGCCCAGGAUUUUGGCAGGUGGGUGGAACAUGCCUUUCUGUGGAUGCCCUACGUCGAGGGUAUCCCUCAGUUUGUGCUCAAUUCCGUGGUCCUCCUUUCCAUAAGUGUCAUCUUGAACAGCGGUCGUUGUCUAGAGAAACCGGCCUUUGUCUUCAUCGCAAAUUUGGCCGUGUCCGACCUCGUCAUGUGCUUGAUCCAGAUCAUUACCCUAUUGCUUCGACUACAACUUCAGUUAUGCGAGUCUCGGAUAUGCCGAUUGCAGAAUUGCCAGAUUCAGUUGUCUUUGUGGACGUUCAGUUUAAGUAAGUCUUUGCUGUGUACGAUUUUGAUCACGGUCGAUCGAUACAUCUAUAUCACGAAAGGCAUCAAGUAUAGCCUGAUCGUGACGAAAUCAUGGAUAGUGGUGGGGAUUGCCGUGUCUUGGUUGGCUCCAAUCGGAUUGGGUAUGACCUCGUUUCUCAUUCAGGAUGACCACACGAGAAGCGAGACUAAUUGCAUUUCUACUCAUCUCAUGCCAAAACUAUUUGUGGCCUUUGGCAUUUCCCUCAUCAUCAUCGUGCUGUUCAGCAUCUAUCUGCUCUAUGGAGUGAUUCUGGUCAAGUUCUAUCGACAGAAAAAGAGCCUAGAAAGAGCCAAGAGUAAGAGCCAAUCGAUCCGGUUCAAAGGUUUCGCCACAGACUCUCAAUUACUUCUCACAUCCUCGCCGUCGAAAAGUUUUCCGGAUCUCCAGAACACGUGGCGUAAUUUCAAGAAGAAGCGAAUUUCCGGCGAGUUCAACCUGAUCUUCCAGACUUUGAAGAAAGUGUGCCGAUUCAUUCAUGCCGCCCAAUACGUGAUUGUUCUGAUCGCCGUAUUCACCAUUGCAUGGUUGCCUUGGCUGAUGGUGCUUUAUUUCGACGUCUUUGACGAGAACUUUAAAGUUUUUGACCGACUCUGUACCAAUGAAACCAGACCAUUGGAAGGGAUCACGUCCCCCAUCGAUUUGGAUCUAUCCAAUCUUCAGAGAAACUUCCAAUUUGUGAUAGCCAAUCCUCAGGAAAGGAUUAUGAUGGAUGUGCCCAAUGGCGCAGAUCUGCCCAUUUGUACCUUUAUACACCAAUCACUGCAUAGCUUUAUGCAAGAUUACCGACAAUUGUCGGCUAUGUUGGUCGGGAUCUUGAACUCAAUCUUGAACCCCAUCAUCUACGCGUUUUGGUAUCCGGAGUUUCGCGACCAAUGUCGAAAUGUGUCUUGUCCUCGAUACCGAGUGACAUUUCCCAUCAUGUGA